AUGCGCUUCUUGGAUGCACAAAUCACCGGAAAGACAGGCGCAGUGAAAGCUCGCAAGAACGUGGAUGGCGCCAACACUGGAAUACGACACAAGGCUGGGAAGAAGUUCAUUAGAGAAACUGGAGACAUCUCCGCUGGCGAGCAUCUUAAGAACGGCUCAACUGGUAUCUAUGUCAAGAAAGAUGCAACUGGUACGGCAAAACUCGAAAACACCGGUGGGAUCGAGGCCGAGAAUGUUGAGAAUGCAUCCACGGGUAUUAUUGAUGGAUAA